CUCUCUUUCCCAUCGGACACUCUUUCUCACCAUAACAUUUACUACCAUCUCUCUCUCUCUCCCCACAUGGGUCGUUCUCCUUGCUGUGAGAAAGCCCAUACCAACAAAGGUGCAUGGACCAAAGAGGAAGACCAACGCCUCAUCUCCUACAUCAAAGCUCAUGGAGAAGGUUGUUGGAGAUCUCUCCCAAAAGCUGCUGGGUUGUUAAGGUGUGGGAAGAGUUGCAGGCUCAGAUGGAUAAACUACCUUAGACCUGAUCUCAAAAGAGGCAACUUUACAGACGAAGAAGACGAGCUUAUCAUCAAACUCCACAGCCUGCUUGGGAACAAAUGGUCUCUCAUAGCCGGACGCCUGCCUGGGAGAACGGACAAUGAGAUCAAGAACUAUUGGAACACACACAUAAAACGGAAGCUCCUUAGCCGAGGGCUUGACCCUCAGACCCACCGUCCGAUCGGCGAAUCAUACUCCGACAUGUUAAAUUCCACACCUCAAAGAAACUCAACAUCACCUGAAAUCGCCAUCUCCUACACAAAUGAUAACAAAGGAAAUAGCCCCAAUCCCAUCGAUUCUCAAGACGAGGCGAACAGCAGCAGCGUGAGUGAAGAAGUGCAACACUACCCAGAACUCAACCUCGAACUCUCAAUCAGCCUUCCCUUCCAAUCCAAUCCACCUUCAGCCAAUACGGCAGAGUCAAAGCAGCAAGCCUCAUUCAAUUCGGCCUUAACGGCCGCACGGACGCCACAGCCUUUCUUCACUACGGCCGUCUGCUUGUGUUGCCAUUUAGGGUUUCAGAGCAGUCAAGCCUGUCGUUGCCAGACAAUCCCAAACGCUCAAGCACUCAGAUAAUACACACCUGUGCAUUCUUAGUCCCUUGUAAUAAUACCUCCUUGAUAUAUCUUAGUGAAUUUUUGACAGAAGAAUGUUGUUGUUCA